CCCGGGUCCUCACCACCCCGCUCUUCUCUCCCACUCCAGUUCAUCGCAUCCAGUCUCAUCAACAUCAGCGUCGCUGUUAUCGUCUUUCUUAAACAUGGGAUCAAGUUAUUCUGUUCCAGAACAGCCAGUCAAGGAGAAGUCUGCUCGGAGGAAGAGCAACGUUCAGGCAUCUAAUGGCAGUGAUAUGGAUUCAGUGGAUUCACCUCCGCCCUAUCAAAUCGAAGAGCGCGAGCCCAGCGUGUCGCUACGACGCCUACAAGGCUGGAACGACACCCUGCUAGAUGACCCGAAGAACCGCUUAGCAAUCUCGAGCUUGGCUAGUGCCUCCUACACUGACGUCCUUACCAACAGGUCGGCUAUCAAGUCUGACACCCAGAUCUUCAACAUCAAGGUCCCAAUCGAGGGCACCCCAGUUACGAACCAGCGAUCCUCCGGGCGAUGCUGGCUUUUUGCAUCAACUAAUAUCUUUCGAGUACCAAUCAUCAAGACGUACGGCCUGGAAAAGUUCGAGCUGAGCCAGGCAUACCUUUUUUACUGGGACAAAAUCGAAAAGGCCAACUGGUUCUUCGAAGCAAUCAUCGAGACCGCACAUGAGGAUGUCUCCGAUCGUCUAGUCCAGAAGCUCCUCCAGGACCCGGUUACGGACGGCGGGCAGUGGGAUAUGGUGGCGAACCUAGUGAAGAAGUACGGCUUAGUCCCACACGACGUCUAUCCGGACAACUUCAACGCGCAGAAUAGUGGCAAGAUGAACUGGCUGAUAACAGCGAAACUCCGCGAGCAUGCCAUUGCCUUGCGCAAGAUUGCGCGUAGUCCGCAGCUCAAGGAUCGAGUUCAACUUGCAAAUUCCAAGGAAAAGUUUCUGAAGGAAAUCCAUUCCCUUGUCACAAUCUUGUUGGGUCCACCUCCCAACCCAGACGAGCCUUUUGUCUGGCAAUAUUACAAUGCGGAGGGUAAGGCGCGAGAGAUUCGACAGACUCCACUGGAGUUUGGACGCCAGGCAUUCUCGCAGUCUUCGCGCAGUAGGAUUUCGCCAGACUGGCUCUUCAGCCUUGUCAACGACCCCAGGAAUGAAUACAAUCGCCUCCUUACAGUUGACAAGUUGGGUAAUGUAGUAGAGGGCCAGCCGCUCACAUACGUCAACGUUGAGAUGCAUGUUUUGAAAAACGCCGCCAUCUCGAUGCUCAAGGCCGGACACCCCGUAUUCUUCGGGUGCGACGUUGGCAAGUUUUCGGAUCGUACAACUGGUAUCAUGGACCCCGAUCUAGUGGACCUCUCCCUCGCAUUCAAUAUUUCCCUCGGCUUGAACAAAGCUGAGCGCCUUGCCAGUGGAGAAUCGGCCAUGACCCAUGCGAUGGUAAUUACAGCGGUGCAUGUUGAACAGGGUCGACCGGUGCGGUGGCGUGUAGAGAACUCCUGGGGUGAGGCAGCUGGUGAUAAGGGAUGGUUUGUCAUGACUGAUCGGUGGAUGGACGAAUAUACAUUCCAGGUAGUAGUUGACUUCAACCUGGUCUCUAACGAUGUGAGGGAUGUUCUUCGGCAGGAGCCUCAGGUCCUACCGAGGUGGGAUCCUUUGGGUGUCCUGGCAUGAAAGACUAGUGAAUUUCUACAUUUAUUUCCUGGUUACUUUUACAUUCCGGCUACGUGGCGGUAUACUGACGUAGUGAAACUCCUAUGUAAUUAUGUCGGUUCUGAUUCACUUAUACUACUCCUCGCUGCAUCUCCGCUCUACCAUCUUCACUACCAGGUCAACGCCCUGCUAGGUUUCCUUAUAAAUAUUGCUGUCCUUUCCCAAGCUUUUGAAUCCCAACCACC